AUGUCCUGUGUCCCCUCACCUUCAGACCAUGCCCUCGUGGAUAUUCAAGAUACAUACGGAGCUCUGUUCCUAGGUGUCGUCGUAUCUGUGGCUUUUCUUGGAAUAGCUACCGUGCAAGGUUGGAUCUUCUGGUUGAACUAUCCAGAUGAUCUUCUCCGUACAAAAGUGACGGUACACGUACUCAGGAUUCUUGAGUUCAUUCGGUGCUCUUUCGGAGUCCAUGCUGUGUACCACUAUGUCGUCAUUCAAUGGGGAAACCCGGCUGCAUUAUCGAAAUCUAUAUGGAGUCGCGAUGUUAAUCUGCUCAUCACCGCUUUGGUUCAAGUCAUUGUUCAUUGGUAUUUUGCGUAUCGGGUGAAGAUUUUGAGCAGGGGGAACUGGGUUUUAGUCUCGAUAAUUGGUAUCUUGGCGUUCGGCAAUUUCAGUCAGCUUAAUUUCGUUUUUCGCGUCGCCGCCAGUACAUAUUCGAAGAUCGAAGGCCAAAAGACAUUAUCGACCGAAUUCUCCACUGCAGCUUUGUCGUGCGCGAUCGCUACAGAUAUAUGCAUCACAUUCUCCUUGAUGUAUUACCUUAGUCAGAUCAAUCGCGCAGGUUCCGGACUUAGGGACGUAAUCAAUCGCCUCAUCUUCUAUGCGAUCAAUGUUGGAAUGAUAACGAGGUACCCCCUCCUCGACUCUACUAGAGGGUCGGCAACUUAUAACCGUCUGUAG